UUCUGCAAAUGACCUCGAUUCAAGGCUAUCAGUUCAAGAUGGCGGCGCCCAUUGCAAGCAUGAGUGUCAACAAAAACAAAUCCUCGGAACUUCUUGCCUUGGAAAGUAGAGGAGAUGAUAAUCACUUGGAAAGUUUGUUGGACUUGCAGAAAAGAAAGAAACAGGAUAUGACUGAGAAGAAAACAUUCAAACUUCCACCGAGUUCAAUUCUGUCACAAGUGAAAGACUUCUUACCUCAGAUGGCAGUGGCCAACAAAGAACUAGAGAAUAAGCCAGCAGAGGAUGUGGACAUCGAACAUGUGACAGCCGACCAGGGACACUACAUAGAAAUGAGUAUAGCAAUGGUAGAACAGGAAUAUUCAUCAGAUUCGGAUUCAGAACAUGGUAGUGAUUCAGAUUCAGAUGAAUCAGAUUCAGACGAGUGCUUGAUGGGCAUAGUGACUGAAGAUAAUCUUCGAUUAAAUAAAAGGACGAAACACAAACCUGAUAUUGUAGAACUUCAACACACAACAACCUCACAAGGGAGUGGGACAAGUGUUUAUACUGAGCAUGAAGCUGUUGUUGACACUGGGUGAUGAUAUAAAUAAUAUAUUACUUUGUAAGCUUCUCCUGACAGACAUACCGGUAUAUGUUUAUGAUUUGACAAAUAAUCUAGUUACAGAUGUAGCCUCCACAUUAUGAUGUACAGAGCAAGCUCUUCUGUUGAAGGUAUUAGAAACUGCCUUUGUUUCAGAUCACAAAUAUGAGUGUUAAUACUGGAUUUCAUUUUAUCAGUUUUUGAUAGUGAAAUAUUUUCAUUUCUUAUUCUUGGUUUUGUGGUCGUAUCAAGUGAUAAAUUGAAAUAUAAUUUAGAUCACUGUGUAGUUUUCUAAAAAAUGCGGUCAAUGAAACUAUUUUUUGGCAAAUCCACGACAUAUGUUUUCCAAUAAAAUUGAUGAACUUACAA